CUGAUGACGACGUUGGUACCUCUACUCCAGCACUACAAGUCUGGCGGCUAUCCCCGCUGGUACUUGGCUGAUUAACCUCAGAGCAUCCCAGUCGUCAACUCGUCUGAUGCUUCUCCGUUGUGCCCAUUCGUUCGCCUGCCUACAAACCUGACCCUUCUGUAUUCCUUGUACUUGAUCAACACUUGCACCGACGGGCGAUCUGCCUACUUCGAUACCAUGAUGAUCUACUGCGCACACACUCACCGUUGUACACUCUGAACGCAGUCCCAAACCUGGCAAUCGACGAGCAUGACACCACGCUCUACAGACGCACCUAAUCUGACCAGUUACGAAGCCUCGCGUCUCUAUCUGACCGGCAGCGGGCAAGACGUACCCGUGCGCCAUCAUGUCCUGCUCCCCUGCUUCCAAACGGAAUCGUAAACCUUCGCCGACUGCGCUAGCUCAGCCUUCAACUUCGCAAUAUACUGCUGUAAACGAGCAACCAGUCCUGCAGCUUGUAGCUCCUGCGACCCAAACAAGCGACGAAGUUUCGAUGAGUGCGCAGGCCAUACAAUCUCCUGCUUCUGGUCAUCGAAAGCGCAAAUCUGUUAGUUUGGGCCAGCAGACGAACAACAUGAAGGAUACGAGCGCUGGUGCAAAAGCACAGAAUAGUGCGGCAUUGGUCCAAGCGGAUCAGGUUGAUACUUCUACGCAAGAGCCAAAGAUCAAGAAGAGCCGGACAAACACGCCUUGGACCCCAGCAGAGGAACUAAGGCUCAAACAAAUGAGAGAUGCGGGCAAUAGCUGGAGCGAAAUUGCGAAGACUUUCCCGCAACGAACAGAAGGCAGCGUGAAAAAGCAUUGGUACAAGGAUAUGCACUAUGCCGAGUUUGCGGAGGAUGAAAGCACAGCGUUACUUGCCGCGAUCAAGGAAUACGACGCCAACAAGUGGAAAGCUAUCGGCCAGAAAGUUGGCAAGCCCGCAAAAGCUUGCGAACAGUAUGCCAAAGAGCAUUUCGGUGGAAAGUAUUGAUAGUGUUGAGCACCGUCUGCAUCUUCCCGGUUUUAGCGCAAUGGACCCGCUUUAUGAUACCAGCUUUCCGAUUGUGGUCGAGCUGUGCACGUGUACAACUUUUCCUAUCUCCUUUGGUUUCAUCGGAGUAUUUGGUAACGGCUUCCGGCUGCGGGGUACACAAUGGUUCGUAGCCAAGUCAGCAUCUCUUUCGCUUUCACCACGCCGAUCAUUCUUUGCGCGCCUUCUUUGUAGUGCCAAAGGCGUUACUAUCGCCCUGGGUCGUUGGAUCGACGAUCAUAUGUAGCGCAGUCUGGCAACCUUCAUGCUCUGUGUCGACUGCGAUGCGAAGGUAUCGUCAGUGUCGUCGUGGAGGUAAUGCACAAUUAUAUGAUCGAC